GUUUGGCUAUGACGACAACAUCAGGAAGUAACGCAGUGUAAGGCAUGAAGAGGGCCCGUUCGAUCCGGGAUCCAGCUCUCAUGCCGUUAAGACGGUCUCCGUUACUAUGGGAAGAAUUCUCCAAACGGGUUUUGUGACGUUGAUAGUUCUUUCAAACAUGUCGAUCGGUGGAGAUUAUCCUCACCGAGUGACUGGCGUUAUUGGUAGGACUAUUGAGUUGUUAAUCAAGCGGACAUUUUCAGAUCAUGUUAAAGAGGUGGUCUGGAAAGUUAAUAAUGGAUCUCAGACUUUCAAAAUAGCAGAGUUCAAGGACAAUUAUUUAAUGACUGGACAUCCCCAAUUUCAAAUGUUCAGAGAUGGAAUGGGAUUACGAAUUAAAAAUGUGACUUUUAACAAUACUGGGAACUACACUGCCAAGAUUACUCUUAAAAACAAUGUAAUAGAAGAGGAGUCAUUCGUUGUCAGUCUCUAUGAACCUGUUCCUUCUCCAACUAUAAGAAUCGUCUAUGAGGAUGGAACCAGUAAGACGUGUAAUGUCACACUUCAUUGUGAUGUUACAGGAAAUACAUCUGUGUCUUAUACCUGGAGAUACAGGAAUGGCUCUGAAUACCAGCUGUAUGAAAGUAUUGGUGGCACAGUCCAGAUGGCACUUCAGUCAUAACCUAUGGAAGUUUUAUGCAUUGUACAGAACCCUGCUGACUGGAAGAAUGUCUCUGUUACAUUAAAUCCAUGUCAGCAAAAAGUUACAGAAAGUCAUCAUACUCGGCACCACUGGCCUGUAGUCGCUGCGAUUUUGUUUUUUAUUAUUGCUUCAUGUAUAAUACUUCGGAAAACAGUACUUAAAAAAAGUGUUCAGGAAACAGAUCGUGUCAUAUCACUACAGAAGAACUAUAUAGACCCUUCAGAAGAGUAUCAAGAGUUUUCCUCAACUCAUAAUGAAAAAGAGGAUGACAAGAUGGCAUUUGAUGAUGGUGAACUUUCUUCCACAUUCCCUCUUCAGAAAGAUUCUGAAAUAAUAUAGGAAAGUUAACUUUCAAAACUAUGACUGGAAGUCUUGGAUGGAUUACGAAGCCAAGUUUAAAUUGCCUUCUUAGAAACAAGGUUCAAGAUGAUGUCCAAGUGGCCUGACUCCAGAUGAACCUGUCAAAUUGGAACUGGACAUAGUACCAAGAGAACUGGCACUCAAGGCCUUAAAUCCUCAAACCAAAACUGCACAUAGUACCAAGAGAACUGGCACUCAAGGCCCUCAAUCCUCAAACCGAAACUGGACAUAGUACCAAGAGAACUGGCACUCAACGCCCUCAAUUCUCAAACCGAAACUGGACAUAGUACCAAAGGGAACUGCCACUCAAAGACCUCAAUCCACCCAUCUCUGUGGUUUCAGAUACCUGCCAGUGGAGGUCAUUAAUGCUCACCACAUGGAAUAAACAAGUUGGUCACACUCCAAAGA